GUGUUUAUUGUAAAAUAGGUAGUGCUAUUAUCUUAGAUAGAGGUAAAGUGAGUAUAAAAGUCUAAACUUUUAACAUUUUUAAUCCAACAAAAUAUUAUAGAAAGCUGAAGAAAGAUUUAACAUCAUUGAUAAUAUGGAUCCUUUUAACAUAAGUGAUUUAUUUUGUGUAAAAGACAAUAUUUUAAUAGGAGCAAAAACUGCCGAUCUAGAUGAAAGAAUGCAAGAUUGGAAUAUAAAUAUUGGAAGUUUAAUUUUAAAAUCCUUUAUAUCUAAUCCGAACUUCGUUGGUCAGGUGGAUGAAAAAACAGGUGAAGAAAAUACAUUUCAAGAAAUGAGAGAGAAAACCGUAAAAUGUGCAUUAUGGAUGCAAAGAUUGGGUAUUCGAUCCAAUGAUGUAAUAAUGAUAUGUACAAACAAUCAAUUAGAAGCUUAUGUACCGUUUAUAGCCGCUUUAUACAUCGGCGCUGUUGUUAGUCCAUUGGAUAUGUUUUAUAAUCUAGAAAUGAUAGAUUUCUUUGUGGAGCAAGUUAGUCCAGUUAUACUUUUCAUCCAUGAAAGAUUUUAUAAGAAAGUCCACAAAAUUAUAAAUCAAUUACAAGUCCUCAAAGACUUCCCCACCCCAAUAAUCAUAGGUAUUCCCCAUAAAAAGGAAAAUGUACAAACUACAAUUAAAGAUAUCUUCACUCUGGAACAAAUUCUGAAUUUCAACUACGAUCCGGUUAAUAUUGAACACUUUUCCUGCCCAAAAGUGAUAAAUGUGAAGUCAACUGCGAUGAAAUUGUUUACUUCAGGCACAACUGCUUUUCCUACACAAGUAGACAUUCCUCAUUUAGCUUUCAUGGCUCCAUCAAAUCAACAAGCACCCAAUAUGCGUAAAAAUGAUACCGCUCUGUUGUUAGAAUCCUUAUGUUAUAUCAAUGGCAUAUUUAUGACUAUUCAGGCUAUUCUUUUGCAAGUAAAAGUAAUCAGGAUUAAUACACAAUUCACUGCACGAAUAUGUGAAGCAAUAAAAAAGUAUAAGAUAACAUGGAUUUUUCUUGAAGCUAAUCUGUGCAAUCGAUUAAUUAAAUUUAGCGAGCUUGAAAAACAUGAUGUCUCUUCUUUAAGGACAGUUGUAUUCGGCGGUUCAACUAUCAAUUCAUUCAAAAUCCAUGAUGAUCUCACAACAUUGCUACCUAAUGCUUCUAUUCUUCAAGCAUACAGUCUGACUGAAACAGGCAUCAUCGCUUAUCAACGACAACCAGGGAAAAUGGGAUCUUGUGGUUAUGUGAGUGCUGAUGUUCAAUUAAAGAUAGUCGGUAAAGAUUAUCGCUAUAGAGAAAUAUCAUUAGGUCCAGAACGGUAUGGUGAAAUUUAUUGCAGAUCUCCCUAUAUGUUGACAGCAUUCUUAAAACAUAAUUCUGAACAAUCUAGAGUCAUUUUAGAUUGGUUCAAAACCGGAGAUGUGGGUUUGUAUGACAAAGAUGGCGAUAUAUAUAUCGUCGAUCGAAAGAACCAAAUUUUUUAUAUACGAAAUCAUAGGGUUAUACCAACUAUAAUUGAAAAUAUCUUACUAUCUCAUGAUGCGGUGCUUCAAGCAAUUGUAAUCCCUAUACCGGUCAAUGAUAUUGAACACUGUAUGGUAGCGAUUAUUAUGAAAAUACCUGGAGCAAAGGUGACAGAAAUGGAAAUAAGACAACUUGUGGUAGAAAAAACCAGUAGUAUAUUUGCGUUCCAACGUGUGAUAUUCACUAACAUUUGGCCAUGCCAGUCUAAUGGAAAAAACCGUCGCAGGUGUCUUUUGAAUAUGGCGCGUUCUAAGUACUGGGGACAUAAAUAAGAUCUGAUAAAUCUGUCAGCAGAACAUUAUAAUCUGCGCGUUAGAUUCUGUAAUAGCAAAAAAUAGAGGAAUAAUUACACAUAAAAUUAUAAAACAUGUUGAAAUUUUAUAAUUUGAAUCAUGAUGUAAUAAAAUAUAAUAAAAAAUCAUACGAUAAUGCAAUACUUUAAUAUUUUUAAUA